AUGGGGGCUGUCAUCGCCGUGGGAAGUGUCACCAUGGAGGUGACCACCUUCUGGCUCAAGAAGCUUCUGAGGUGGUACACGAGCAAGCACCCCGUUGACCUGUGGCUGGAACUGUUGCGCAAUGCGGAAUCAUUCGAGGAAUGGGAAGAAGCCGCUUUCCAUCUCGACAGCCUUCUGGGACUGGAUAUAUGGAGAAACAAUCCAACGUCAAAGUAUUACGAUUGGAGGCUCAUCACCGACAGGCUACAGUCCCUAGCCACAGCUCGGGAAGAAAAUCAUUUCCAGCGAUUGGUGAAUCUUCUCCGUUCUGGACUGGUCCGAAAUCUAGGAAACAUUACCGUACCCAGGCUCUACAACCGGACCUUCUCUGGGACGAAGUAUCUGAUUGAGGAAUACAUAACGCAGGUAGCCGAAUCGGUCGAAGACAUUAGCAUGCUGCCCACGACCUUUACGUCGAACUCCCAGGGAGGGGGGACAGUCUUGACGAAUCAGAUGAAGCUCGACUUCAUUCAUGACACGAGGCAGGCGUUUGGUCGAAGCACGCUGGUACUUCAAGGCGGUGCAAUAUUCGGUUUAUGCCAUCUUGGCGUUGUCAAAGCUCUCUUCUUGCGCGGCCUUUUGCCCCGCAUCAUUACCGGCACAGCUACAGGAGCGUUGAUUGCUGCUCUAGUGGCUAUCCAUACCGAGGAAGAGCUGCCUGGAGUACUCACCGGGGACGGCAUUGAUGUUUCGGCCUUUGAGAAGAACAGAGCGACGGACCACGGGCAGACGUUCAAAUCCAGAUGGGCUACCCUGAUGCGACGACUUGGCCGGUUUUCGAAAGAAGGAUACUUCCUCGAUGUGACGGUGUUGGAGGACUGCGUGCGGGCAAACGUGGGGGAUUUGACUUUUGAAGAAGCGUACAAUCGCAGCAAGAGAGUGCUCAACAUUACCGUCGCGACGGAGUGCCAGGGCGGGGUGCCAACUCUUUUGAACUACAUCACAGCGCCAAACGUGUUGAUCUGGACUGCCGCUGUAGCGUCAAACGCCUCGUCCCCAUCGCUGUAUGGGAGUAGAAAAGUCAGCAUUCUCUGCAAGGACGUCCACGGCAACGUUAUCCCCUGGGCUACCGCAAACACGGCGAAUUUCCACCACUGGACUCACGCCACCUACACAGACCGAGACUCUCCUCUCCAACGGAUAGCCGAGCUGUUCAAUGUGAACCACUUUAUUGUCAGUCAAGCACGACCGUAUCUUAUCCCUUUCCUGCAGUCAGACAUGCACGGGCCGUCUCUGGUAGAGUCGCGAAGCAAGAUCACCCAGCUGUCUGCCUUGAUGGUGCGCAUGGUGGGCCUCGAGGUUCGACAUCGCUUGCGCCAACUUGACACGCUGCGGCUCCUCCCCUCCAGCAUCCGAAGAUUUCUCGUGGAUGAGAGAAUACCAGCCGCCUCGAUGACAUUGGUCCCCGAAGUGACGGCGGGCGAUUUCGUGCGUUUGCUGGAGACACCAACAAGGGGUACUCUGGAUUACUGGAUCUCCAGGGGUGAAAGAAGCGUCUGGCCGGCCGUGGCGGCCCUGAGGAUUCGAUGCGCAGUCGAAAACGAGCUAGACAGGUCGUACCAAGUGGUGCGAAAGUUGAAGGCAGGCGAUCUGAGGCGGAAAGGAAGCAUGGCGCCAGCGUCGGCGCCCGAGGGCUAA